AUGCAUAAUCAAAAAGUAACUUCAAAUGAACAUUUUUCAACCACAGAGAAAAGUGAGUCCUGCUUUGCCCAACCAAAGCCAUGUACCCUGGGAAGAGAAUCUACUUUGUAUGACAACGCACAAAAGGAAAGCCUUCCCCCAUUAGAAAAGCUCAAGGUUUCAGCAGUGUCUACAGCUAAUGGCGUUAAAUCCCUCUGUGAACAGCCCCUGGAAAAGGAUGUGGCCCCUGGAAAGAACGCCGCAGACCACUCCGAAUCUGUGGAGGAGACCCAGCCUACAGAGGGACCAGGUGGCAAAGAUGAUACCCCAGGAACAGAAGAAGAGAAGAAAGAUGUGCAAGCAGUGACAGGGGCUCGGCCUUUGAAAGGAAAUGCCGAGGUUGAACCUUUAGGAACAAAAGUUGAAGGUCAGCCUUUGAGGACCACAGGAGAGAGGGACUCCCCUGGCACAGUGGAAAGUGAUGAGAAUCCACAACCUGCUGGAGAGAUGAAGCUUCUAGGAACGACUGAAAACGUCGCAGCUCUGGAAACAGCUAUAGAGCUACAACCUCAAGAAGCAAUGGGAAAGGAUGAGCAGGUCCAACUUCUAGAAACAAUUCCUAAAGAGGAUGAAUCUCCAGAAGUCUUGGAAGGAAGCCAACUUGUGGAAAUAGCUAAAGAGCAGCAACUUCAGGCAACACCAGGAAAACAGGAGCAGUCCCAGCUUCUAGAGACAAUUCCCAAAGAGGAUGAAUCUCCAGAAGUCUUGGAAGAAAGCGGGCUUGUGGAAACACCUGCAAUGAAUAAUCCCCUCCAUAAAACUCCUGAAAGUCCAGGAAAGGUGAAGCAGAUUCAAUUUGAAGGAAAAGUUGGAAGCUUGGAGCAGUCAGCAGGAAUUGCAGAGCCAGGGGCCAGGGUGGAAAUGGCCAGGAAAGUUCAUAGUAAUGAAGAAGACCAACGCAUCAAAGGUGAGACAGGGGAAAAGAUGGAAACAGAGAUGGAGAUUGAGGAAGUCAGUGAAGGGGCUGAAACAAAAGAAGAAGAAGCAGGAGAAGCUGUGGACCUUUCAGCAGCCACGUAG